CAAAACGCAAGAAAGUGAGAUGAAUCCACAUGAAGACACUACAGAACUCAUUCCCUAUCGAUUUUCUUUAAAUAGUAGUCAGAUGAGGAGAAAAAUGAAUGAGUCUGUUUGGUCUGUGGAGUCUCUAGUCCCCUUUAUCCCCCCUAAGGAGUGGCUGCUGCACAAUGGCAUGUUUGAGCCUGAAGUAACUGUUGAGGAAGAUGAGCACUGUAGACACUCAAACCAUAAUGACAGAAUGGUGGUCAAAGCUAGGAAAGAAAGGAGGCAGGCCAUUGGGCUUUCAUCUUCUGGCUCUGUUCCAGUGUCAGACAGCUGGCUCAUUUUCAGUACCCCAGCUGAGAAGCAAAGCACACCACAGAAACCAGCCAUGGAGAGUGAAAUGGAUUCCUUUGAAAUGAGGGUACCACAGCAAGGCCACACCAUAACGCUUUCAGGGAACAAUCCCUUAGAGUCCCCAACUUAUCAACAGAGUAAAAUAAGUGUAUCUACACCCCCUGAAGAGGAUGUGGAUGAAAAUGGGUCUUCUGAACCAGAGGCUAAUCUAAGCCCAAACCAGGAUUUGCUUAUUGUAAGUGAGCAGAGGGAGGAAAGCCCUGGCUCUCCUGAGCAGGAAGAUACUCUCCUCUUGAACUCUGCAGAUGGGGAGAAAAUUUCACCUACAGGCCAGGUGAUUGUCCAAAAUGAUGUGGACACCGGGACUGAAGAUGGCACAUGUGGGACUGAAGAUGGAGCAUGUGGGAGCAAAGAAGUCAGUCAACUGCCAAUUGAGCAAUUGUGCGUGCCAGUAGCUGACCCGAAGAUAACUGAAGUGUCUCCUUCAAAGAGACAUCUGGUGGACUGUGGCAUCCAGUGUAAUAAAUUACAAGAGUGUACCUGUGGAGAAUUGAAGGGCUGCAUAGGACCAAACAGAAAGUAUCAUUUUAAAAAUCCAGGUAUGAAGAAAGCAAACCAUGGCAAUGCUGAAGGACUCAUGAUGAAUGGGCAUGUGCAGAAAAACCUGAAGAGGCAUGGUCAGUGGAGAAACAAAGGUUCAGAAUCCCCACUAUAGAGAAGCACAGUAGCCAACAGGAAGCCUACAAUGGAUAUGGUGGCAGACUUGGGAAAUCUAAAGGUGGAAAUGGAAGAAAUCCACGGUGCUGAACACUGACCACACUCUACAAGAUGCUAGGUUUUAAAGAAUCAAUUAAAAUCUAUUUCAAUAAAUGUUUUGUGUAUGUCACAAGUGGUGGUGUUUUUAAAUACAUAUUUCCAGGUUUGGUUUUUGGCUGUUUUUACUCAGAACCUGCCAGUUAGAAUUCCUGUAGGAAUACUAAUUCCCUCAGGACAUGAACUGUAACUUGAGAGAGUUGAAUUUUUAAAACGAGACAAGCUGGGACAAUACCCGAACUCUGACUUUGCCCUAUCCUGCAGCCUUUUUAGAAGUACAGGUACUAAUAUUGAGUAAAGGAAAUAAAUAAUCUUACAGUCCUCUGGUAUUACGUGUUUGAAAUGUAUUAUGUAAUUGAAGUUCAAAUAUGUAUUUGACAAUUAAGAUGAUACAAAGGAACAGAUUUGUUAUCUUGUGUUUUGCUGUAUCUGGUGCACCUUGAUUAAACCUGAAUGCAAAUGAA